GGGUGUGGGGUGAACCGGAGGAUCAGCGGUCGUGAGCGUUCCGCGGUGAACCGGAGGAGCGGUCAGGUGAAGCACGAGCACGAGCCGGCACGCACAGGUCAGUGAAGCUAUGUUCCGAGCCCUGAGCCGCCACCGGAGGACGCCGCGCUGCCCGGCGCCGCAGCGCCGCCACCAGCACCACCGGGCCGUCGUGGCCAUCCGGCGCGAGGACGUCAACCCCUGGGAGCGGCGGGCGCCGCUGGCCCCCCGCCACGUCCGUGAGCUCACCAACGCCGGCGUCAAGGUGCUGGUCCAGCCGUCCAACCGCAGGGCCAUCCACGAGAAGUACUACAUGAAGGCCGGCGCCGUCAUCGAGGAGGACAUCUCGGAGGCGUCCCUCAUCCUGGGGGUGAAGAGGCCCCCCGAGGACAAAGUCCUCCCCCGGAAGACCUACGCCUUCUUCUCCCACACCAUCAAGGCUCAGGAGGCCAACAUGGGGCUCCUGGAGGACCUGCUGAAGAAGGAAGUCCGUCUCAUCGACUACGAGAAGAUGGUGGACGCCAACGGCUACAGGAUCGUCGCCUUCGGCCAGUGGGCCGGAGUGGCCGGAAUGAUCAAUAUCCUCCACGGCCUGGGCCUCCGCUUCCUGGCUCUGGGACACCACACCCCCUUCAUGCACAUCGGCAUGGCUCACAACUACAGGAACGUCAGCCAGGCCAUCCAGGCCGUGAGGGAUUGUGGGUACGAGAUCUCCAUGGGACUCAUGCCCAAAUCCAUCGGGCCCGUCACCUUCUGCUUCACCGGGACAGGAAAUGUGUCCAAGGGAGCCCAGGACAUCAUCAACGAGCUUCCUGUUGAGUACGUGGAACCUCACGAGCUGAAGGACGUCUCUCAGACCGGAGACAUGACCAAAGUGUACGCCACCGUGCUGAGCCGGCACCACCACCUGAUGAGGAAGAGCGACGGCCUCUACGACCCCAUGGAGUACGAGAACCACCCGGAGCUCUACACCUCGCACUUCAGGACCAGCGUGGCGCCCUACACCACCUGUCUGAUCAACGGAAUCUACUGGGACCCCCACACCCCGCGGCUGCUCCGGCGGGUGGACGCCCAGAGGCUCAUCCGGCCGCUGGGCCGCCUGUCUGAAGACGAGGGCUCGCCACAGCUGCCUCACAAGCUGCUGGCCAUCUGCGACAUCUCGGCCGACACCGGAGGCUCCAUCGAGUUCAUGAACGAGUGCACCACCAUCGAUAAGCCUUUCUGCAUGUACGACGCCGACCAGCACAUCGACCACGACAGUGUGGAGGGAAACGGGAUCCUCAUGUGCUCCAUCGACAACCUUCCGGCUCAGCUGCCCAUCGAAGCCACGGAGUACUUCGGGGACCGGCUCUUCCCCUACGUCUGGGAGAUGCUACCGUCAGACGCCACCAGACCGCUGGAGGAGGAGGAGUUCACUCCACAAGUCCGAGAUGCUGUGAUCACCUCUAACGGAGUCCUCACGCCGAAGUUUGAGUACAUCGAAAAGCUCCGAGAACGAAGGGAGAAGGCCCAGAUCCUGAAGAGGACCGGAAUGAAGCGGGUUCUGCUGCUGGGGUCAGGCUACGUCUCUGGACCUGUGGUGGAGUAUCUGACCCGGGAUGAGAGGACCCAGGUCACCGUGGCGUCGGUGCUCCUGAAGCAGGCCGAGGAGCUGGCAGCCAAGUAUCCCAACACCAUCCCCGUCACGCUGGACGCCGGCAGCCAGGAGGGCCACCUGGACUCCCUGAUCAGAGACCACCACCUGGUGAUCAGCAUGCUGCCGUACUCCCUCCACCCGCUCAUCGCCAAACACUGCAUCAAGAACCGGGUGAACAUGGUGACGGCCAGCUACCUCAGCCCGGCCAUGACGGAGCUGCGGAGCAGUGUGGAGGAAGCAGGCAUCACCAUAGUGAAUGAGAUGGGCCUGGACCCGGGAAUCGACCACAUGCUGGCCAUGGAGUGUAUCGACCAGGCCAAGGCAGACGGCUGCACUGUGGAGUCCUACAGCUCUUUCUGCGGUGGUCUUCCGGCCCCCGAGUGCUCAGACAACCCUCUGCGCUACAAGUUCAGCUGGAGUCCGUACGGCGUGCUGCUCAACACCGUCAGCCCGGCCGUCUUCCUCCGGGACAGCCAGGUGGUCAGCAUCCCGGCCGGCGGCUCCCUGAUGGACUCCUGCUCCUCCAUGGACUUCCUGCCCGGCUUCAGUCUGGAGGGUUUCCCCAACAGAGACAGCACCAAGUACGCCGAGCAGUACGGCAUCCAGAGCGCACACACACUGAUCCGAGGGACGCUGCGCUUCAAGGGUUUCUCUAAGACCAUGAGUGGCUUCAUUCGUCUGGGUCUGAUCGACAGCAAGCCCAGUCCCGUCCUGCAGCACUCGUCCUCUCCAGUGUCCUGGAAAGAGCUGCUGUGUCAGCAGAUGGGCCUUCCCCCGGCCACGCCCGCCGCCGCCUUCCAGGAGGCCGUUUACCAGCGCCUCGGCAGGGACGACGAGCGGAUGGCCUCUCUGAGAUGGUUCGGGAUGCUGAGCGACGAGCCGGUGCCGCACGCCGACAGCGUCCUGACCGCACUGACAAGACACCUGGAGGACAAGCUGUCCUUCGAUAAAGGCGAGCGGGACAUGAUCAUCCUGAGGAACGACGUGGGGAUCCGGCACCCCAGCGGCGAGCUGGAGACCAAACACCUGGGCCUGGUGGUCUACGGCGAGCCUAACGGCUUCUCCGCCAUGGCCAAGACCGUUGGUUACCCAGCAGCCAUUGCAGCUCGUAUGGUCCUGGAUGGUGAAAUCACGUCCAAGGGUCUGGUGGUCCCCAUGACGAAGGAGGUCUACGGACCGGCGCUGGCCCGCCUGAAGGAGGAAGGACUGUUCUUUAGUUCCAAGAGCUCCCUCCAGGAGUAGAACCCAGAAGUUUGUCCGGCCCAGAACAUCUUAAACCCACACCAGCUACCUUUUCUGCGACAAAGUCCCGUCUUCUAGAAUAUAUCACUCUUUCACCGUCAUCGCAUUUAAAGUUAGACUCAUCUGGUUCAUACUGUUUAAUACACAAAAGAGCCGCUAACAGAUGGAAGCAGAACGUUUCAGGUUCAUAUUUUGGUUUGUGUCCCUGUGGGCAACGUGAAACUCAACGCUUCCUCCGGGCAGAUCUGUGGAAGGCCGACAGAGCCGAUGGAUUUUAAAGGGAUGGACAGUACAGACAGUUUGAUACAAAGGUGAAAACGAGCUCUAACGGGGUUUGAGACGAUGGUUAACUUCAACAUAAACCUGAUCAUGGAGGAUCAUUUUUGAAACUGUUUUUCACUGCUCGUCACUGACGCAGGCCUAGUGGUCAGUCUGGGCAUUUCCCCACCCGAGCAGCAAAAUGCGUAUCGAUCAACGUAUUGGACAAACAAAAGCCACACAACGUGCAACCCAGAAGUCUUCCGUUUAAUUUAUUGAGGUUUUUAGUGUAAACGUGGAAUCUUACCUCUUGGGUUUGUUGGUGAAACUAAUGAAACCAAAGAUGCUGCUGGAAGCUUGUUUGGGGAGUUACCUCCUCGUUUGUUGUGCGUAUACUGUAUAUGCUGCUUUGCUUCUGAUUUCAACAUGACUGCAACAGGAAGUGACACCUGAGACAUUUCACUAAAGAACACUGACAAGCUAGCUCAUGCUCGUCCUGUAGCCCGCCGUGUCGAGGGGGCAGACGUCCCCUUCCUGUUCCGUGAAGUUCAAACACCGAGUAGGAGAAUCGGGAAUGUAAAGAAAGCGUCCUUUCUUCAUCCAGGAGAACCACGGUUUGGAUCACUGCUGCUAAGGUGAGGCAGGUUUCAGCUUUCAGCUGAAAGGGACGAAGCUGGAGACGAGCUUCGCUCAGAGCCGACAGCAGCUGUGAGUCUGUGGCUGGUCGCUACCUCAGUAAUGAAAGCUGGUUCUACUGUUGGGACGUGUUCUGGACGGCGGCUCUGUGGACGUCCAGGCCGUCCAAUGUGCUGUGGUGUUAAUUCUGUUUGAUUUUUUUUUUUGUCUUUCUUUUUUCGCAUGGACCUGAACUGAGUCAUUAAAGCUACCAUUUUAACAGUUAAGCCUGUUUAGUUUUCUCUUGAAUUUAUAUAUCUAUAUAUUAAAAAAAAAAAAACGGUUUGUAAGAAUUUUGAUGUUUUAGUGUGAUUGCAUCAAUAAAAGUCUGUUGGAGCUGGACUGGGU